AUGUCGGACUAUGAUCGAGAUAGUGAUGAGUCCUCCGUGGACGAGAUGAGCAAGCGGUUUGUGCCCGUGCGCUGUAUGGAGGAAUUUCAAGCGUCGGUUGCGGCCGAGGAGGAGUGCCUAUGUGCCCUCGUUUUUACAUCAUUUUUAUGCCCAUUUAGUGCGAACGUGUUGCCUUUUGUGAAGAAUAAUUUUGUCCUUUCGGAGGAGCCCCAAACUCGCCUUGUGCGUUACUUUCACGUGGCGUUAGUGCCCGAGGAGAAGACGGACAUAACGAGACUGCUUCAAAAGGACCCGGUAUUCCUUGCGACCAACCGACCACCCACAGAGCUGCAAAAAAAGCAGCUCCACAAGCAGGCCCAUGAUAAUUUGAUGGAACUGCUAACCUUCCUUGAAGUCUGCAGCACCCCAUGUAUGAUGUUUUUUGUCCGGGGUCAAUGUGUAAGGAUUUCAGACGACGUUGCGGACGCUCCCCGAGUUAUCGCGACGGGAAGUUCCAUGAGAAAAUGGAAGGCUGUUCUCCAAAACGCGGUGGUGCGGCGAAACGAGCUUUUGCGUGAGUAUGACGCCGAAAAAAGACGUGAGAAGCGACGGAUUGAGAGGGAAAAACGCCGAGAGGCGCGAAGGCGCGCAAAGGCCGAGGAAGAGGAAGAAGACGAGGAGGAUGUUUAA